GUCUGUUGAGCUUGUCUGGAUGCUUGUGUUCAUUCUGCUUUGUUUCGCCUUUUCACCUGCAGCCUGGGAGGACAACAUAAGCCAGACAGGUGUGUGCGGACCGUCUGUGUUCGUGUUCUGAACAUGGAUGGAUGUGCUGUGUGAAGAUGGAUGUGCAGAAAAAAGGAUGGAUGGAUGGAGCAACAUGUAAAUCGUGACAACCUUGGACCUAACUAUCUGCAGCGCUUGCCAAGAGACUAAUGGAGUAUGUAUCACAUGACCACAACACCUCCUCAACUUCUGCAGGAGGGCAUGCAGUGCCAGUGUGAGUGACAGGCAGUGUGAGCCAAUGAGCUUCACUCCAAACCCAGUUCUAGUCCCAGACAGGGACAGCCUUCCACUGGCAAAGAGGGACCAAAGACCAGGCUCACCAUUGCAGCAACAGCAGUGUGAUACUGCUAUUUUCAAGGUGCCUUACCCUCACAGGAGCCACAGCGAGUUUAAGACAAAACACACAGGCCCAUUUCAGCCAGUGCCACGACGGGUUCCUGCGCUCUACCAGCCCUGGAUCCCGACUCAAACAUCCACCAGGUUCAAGCCUCAUGUGCUAUCUGCAUUCAGGGAGCAUCAUGGCUGGGCAGAGUGGAGAGAGUUCACCCCCCUGUACCCUGGAUGGGACUUUUCCCACCACUAUCAGCACCCCAGCCACUUUUCUGGCACACCUGCAGUCCACCCAGGCCAUCCACAAAACCUCUCAAGAUUCAGUCCCAUCUCCCUGGUGUCUGAGGGUUUCCACAGAAUGGAUGGAGGGUAUGACUGGGAGCAGCUCAAGACAUUAAGGGACAAGAGCAAGGGGCAGAGCAAUGGCAGGAAUAAGGGACCGUAUGUGAGGAGAAGAGACAGGAAAGAGUAUUUUCCCAGAGUUGAAAAAGCAAGUCCUCCAUUGCUGAACACAUGCCUACCUCACCCUCCACAUGAGCGCCAACCUGGUCUGUUGCACAGAUCAACAAACACGGUCAGACAUCCUGUUUCUGGACAUUCCUUCAGGAGAGUUUCUCCUGACGAUAACUCAAACAGCAGAUACACUUCCACGAAAGAGGACACAUCAAGCUCUCUUGUUCAGCCGUUUUCCGAGCACGCUUCUUCCUCCUAUUCCUCUCCUAACCGUUUCCCCUGGCUGCUCCCCCACUUUGUGGCCGGCUCACUGAUUGAGCUCAGAGAUGGGCGGCUGAGACAAGUGGAGCACCUGCAGACGGAGGACUUCCUGCUGGGAUCUCUGGCCUGUCCAGACCUGCGCCUGAGCUGCUGCACAGUGCAGAGCAUCAGCCCUUCAGCCUCCUCCUCCUCCAUCUCACGCCUCCUCAUCCUGCUUCACGACCAGCAGUCGCAGGAGUUGGUGGAUGUCUAUGUGGAGUACCCGUUCUUUGUGCGUGAGCAAGGCUGGUCCUCCUGCAGUCCUCAGAGGACUGCCCUUCUCUGUGGCCUGCAAUGCCGCCAGCUCAGCGUAGGGGACGUCUGCCUGGCCCUCACGCCCGUCUCAGCUCCACAGACUCCAUCAUCAGUCACCCUGGAGCCACAAACCUCACCCAGGAAGUCAGAGGGAAGGUGUGAGCCCAUAAAGGUAUCACACCCACAGGUUCCCCAAGGGCCACAGUGGCCAGCUGGGGGGAAGGAGAAGAAGGAGGCAGAGACGGUCCGGAGGAGACACCGUUCAGCCCCUGAGUAGAGAGGUCCAGAGACCAAUUGCAUGUAGUGAAGAGUGUCACUGGUUUAAGGGCAGGAAGCAAGUCAGUCUCUUUUAAGCUCUGUUAUUUUUUGCCUAUAUUUGCUGCCUUUCUACCUCCUGAAUCAUAUUUCUGUGCUUGACUGUCUUUUUUAAUUGUUUAAUUGUGGCUAAAGUCUAAAAGCUAAAGAAGAACAAUAAGCUUGACUCUCAGGAUCCCCUCAAGGUUUUAUUAGCACAUGUUUGUCAAGGUAAGUCAGGGAUCUCACACUGAUGUGAGAUAUGUGUGUUGAAUCAGUUAAACAUUACAUUCCCUGUGAGCCUGAUGUCUGCCUGGUCUAUUAAACCUUAUUUAUGUGAGAGCACUCUUUCAGAGAGAAAGUGUCGAGCCACAGUGUAAAAAUAUGUCACUGCAGGGAGCUGCUUCGCUGACAGUGAAUUUGCAAAAGAUCUCACAACCUCGAAGAAUAUUGUCUUACUUUUCAGUCUGAGGGUCCAUUUCAUUUCUAGCAGUCCUGACAGAAUCAGCCCAUGUUCCCUGAAAAGCACAUAAAAAUACUCCCUCAGGUCUUUCACUGCUGAUGAUACCAUUUCAAGUUUAUCUCUCCUCUGCCUAAUAUUAUAUAAGAGUUUUUCAUGCUCGCAAAUGAUAAGAGUCUUAGAAGGAAUUUCACAUUGACAAUCAACACCAUUUUUGAUUGUAUCAAUAGGAUUUAGUUUUACGCUUCUACCUCUAUUUUCUAUAUACAAUGACAGAUAUAAUAAUUGUGUGUUUUCAACAGUGUGGGAUGUGAUGUAAUGUGCUUUGCUGGAAGCUUUCAGCUUCUCAGUGAGUGUCACUGUGAAUGCCUUUAUUUGCCAGGUUGUUUUAUGCACACAUUAUGUAAAGUCUAUGCUUUGCUUUUUGUACUAAUGUGAGUGGAGAUGCUUGUGCUAUUCUAAGUACUUUAAAGGCACAAUCUGUGACCAGUGUAGAGCAUCAUGUGUGCGAUGUAAUUUCCUCCUGAGUACACACAGUUCACAUUCAAUCAGCUGAAUGGGAGAAAUUGUGGACUAUGACAUCACAAAUAGGGGACAGACAGGGUGCUGUAAACCACAGACUGGGUCUUUAACUUGUGAAACAGUUUUCUCACUGUUA